CACAGACACCAACGAGCAAGAUGAAGGUACCACUGGCAAAUCUGCUAUGCAUCACAGUCUUGGCGAGCUCCGGGAUGAGCUUCCCGCUGGAAAGGAGAGGAGCUGCUACUGGAAAAGAGAAGAGAGUUCAGUAUGCAGCAUGGGAUGAUGUUAAUGUGCUAGCACAUGGGUUGCUGCAGCUAGGUCAGGGUCUUAAAGAGCAUGUGGACAAGACCAAAGGCCAGGUGAGAGACAUCACCAUCAAGAUGAAGGUCUUCAACUUCACCAUAUCCGAGCUAGGCAAGCUGACACAACGGCUUCAAGAAGACAGUGAGGCAUUGAAAGCAAAAGCCCAGAGUCUGGAAGAACGUGAGAACGUGGUCCUAAACAUGUCCAUGGAUCUGCGGGAGGAGACGGAAGAGCUGCUUAAAGACAGGAAGAAGGACCAUGAGAGGAUGAAUAAGCUGGAAGAAAAAGUAGAUGGCUUGAUGCAAGGAGAGGGUUUGGAAGCUGCCAACGGCAACUACAGCGAUGCCCGAACCAUUCAGUGGAUGCUGGAGGCGCAAAAUAAGCGCAUUGAUGAUUUAGUCGAGCGCAUCAAGCAACAGCAAGAAAAACUGGAUAAACAAAAUGUUCGCAUUCGGACCCUCCAAAACCAGAUUCAUAUGAACAGCGAGCGGUCUUCUCUCAAACGGGAGGAUGAUGUUCAUCUGAAAAUCCCUGUUUGGAUACAGGCUUGGGUAAAGGUCAUUUGCAGACAUGUGAAUAUUUUUGUGGUGUUUUGGUGUCUUUCAGCUAUGGCUUCUGACUGUCAUGAGUUGUUCCUAAGGGGUGAGACCACAAGCGGGCUGUUCACCAUCCAGCCAACUGACUCUGAGCCUUUUGAGGUCUUCUGCGAAAUGACACCCGAAGGAGGAUGGAUAGUCAUCCAGAGACGCCAAGAUGGAUCUGUAGACUUCGAUCAACUUUGGCAGGCAUACCAGACUGGCUUUGGGAACCUUAAUGGCGAGUUCUGGCUUGGCCUGGAAAAGAUCCAUUCUGUGUCCAAGGGCGGCAACUACAUCCUCAAGGUGCAGUUCUCUGACUGGCGGGAUGAAGUUCAGACCAUCAACUACCCUUUCCGUCUGAACGGCAAGGAGAGCAACUAUUCCUUGCGCAUUCUGGGGAGUCCUGCCGGGAACCUGGAGAGCUCUCUGUCCACCGAAAUAUCUGGAGUGCCCUUCUCCACCCGCGACAAAGACAACGACCAGAAAAAUGACCUCAACUGUGCCAAACAGCUAUCAGGUGGUUGGUGGUUUAGCAAUUGCGGUCGCUCAAACCUGAAUGGCAGAUAUUUUGUUACUCCUGCACCAAAGCAAAGGCACCAGAGAAAGCAAGGGGUGUUCUGGAAGACCUGGCGCGGUCGCUACUACCCGCUGAAAACCACCACCAUGAUGAUUGCGCCCGCCGAGAUCAAGAACAAGUCAUAGAGGACCUCUGCUGAGAUCCUAACCAAUGAUAUGGGUGGAGAAACCACCAUUUGUAACCUGCCAAAAUAACGUGUUGGUGCUGUAAAGGUCUAAAGCUCUAUUAGGAGUGUCUUUGUUAGAACAGACGAAGUCUGAAUCAUGAAUGUGGUGGACACUCAAAUCCCUGUCUGCACAAAAAUAGGCUCUUUUAAUUAGAACUAAAUGUGCCUGGAGCUCUGCAAGCAGCAGCAUGUUUUAUAUGGUGCAGGCCACUGUAAGGAUCUGUUACAUGUUUAGACAAAUCUGGCAGGGUGACGUCAAAAGACCUUAUGGUUAAGCACCAUUGCAAGCACUUUCCAAAGCUCAAAAGCUUGGGGAAGAAAUUAACCUUGCCACUAAAAUACGGACCAAAUAAGCUGUAUAAGCUUGAGCCAGUACUUUUGAGAAUGCUUAUUGUAAAGGCACUGUUUAUCUUAAGGCAUUAUCCACAGACAUGCGUUAAUAGAUCUGCAGAACACUAAAAGUUAAUUGCCUGUCAAUUCAUUUCAAGUAUCUAAAUGUGGAAGUUAUUUUCUGGUACGCACAUGCUGUUUUUCAAAAGCUUAAAUGAUCUGAGACUACUUGUGUAUUUUCCUGUUUUGAAAUCAAAUGAGGAGUUCCUGUGGAGAUUCAUUUUCUCAGUCACAUUGACUGCCUUUAUAUGUCUAUAGCUGUCACUUCCAUGUAAAUAACAGAAAUAUACAUUUUCUUCGUAGCGUUACCGCUGUAUUCUUGCCAACUUUAAAAGGUCAUGUUCUGAUUUCCAUAUUAUUUAAAUGUUGUACAAAUAAUCAUUAUGUAUUUCUUUAUCUUUUUGCUUAUAAUUUAUGUUUUCCAAAAAGUAAAGCAUUUUGCUAUUGUUUUUAUAAAUAUGUUUGGUCUUGAAGAGACCAAUAAAGACUGAUUUUAUUU